GCGGGGACGCAGAUCCGGGAGGAAAUCUGAGUUGGUGUGUGUCACCAUCCAUCGCUGUGUGCCUGUCAGCUCUGCGUGCUCCUGGUGAGACCACUGAGGAAUGGACUUGGAUCAGCUGGACCUAAAUCCCCGAAUUACUGCUGCAAUUAAGAAGGGCAGACUGAAGUCAGUGAAGGAGAUUCUGUGCUACUCCGGACCAGACUUGCAGCGGCUCACCAGCCUGCCCAGCCACGAUGUGCAGUGCCUGCUGAGAGCUGCCUCUCUACACCUUCGGGGAAGCCGUGUCCUUACAGCACUGCAUCUGUUCCAGCAGAAGGAGAGCUUCCCUGAGCAGCAUCAACGCCUGAGCUUAGGCUGCCCUGUCCUGGAUCAGUUCCUGGGUGGAGGCCUGCCCCUGGAGGGCAUCACUGGCCUGGCUGGCCGCAGCUCAGCAGGAAAGACCCAGCUGGCACUACAGCUCUGCCUGGCUGUGCAGUUCCCACGACAAUAUGGAGGCCUAGAGGCCGGGGCUGUCUACAUCUGCACAGAAGAUGCCUUCCCCAGCAAGCGGCUGUGGCAGCUCAUUGCGCAGCAGCCUCGGCUGCGGACAGACGUGCCUGAGGAGCUGAUCGAGAAGACCAGGUUCAGCAACCACAUCUUCAUUGAGCAUGCGGCCGACGUGGACACCUUGUUGGAGUGUGUGAGUAAGAAGGUCCCCAUCCUGCUGUCGAGGGGCAUGGCCCGCCUGGUGGUGGUUGACUCCAUUGCAGCCCCAUUUCGUUGUGAGUUCCACCUUCAGGCCUCGGCCGUCAGGGCGAAGCUCCUGCUCUCGCUGGGGGCCACACUGCGAAGACUGAGCAGCACCUUCCGGAGCCCAGUGCUGUGCAUCAACCAGGUGACAGAAAUGGCGGAGGACCAGCAGUCUGUGUCCAGGUCACUGGGGGCUUCGGAGGAGCGCCUCUCUCCAGCCCUUGGCAUCACCUGGGCUAACCAGCUCCUGAUGCGACUGAUGGUUGACCGCACCCAUGAGGACGAUGUUACCACAGGCUUGCCCAGAAGCCCAGUUCGGACUCUCCGAGUGCUCUUCGCGCCCCACCUACCCCUCUCCGAGUGCUGCUACACAGUCAGUGGGGAAGGCAUUAGGGGGAUGCCAGGAACAGAGUCCUACUAA